UACACCAUUGAAUACAAUUAACAUGUUAAUUAUUUUGAAAAAAAUUUUUUCAACAAUCGGCGAGAAAGGUCAAAGGUCAAAUGUCAGCCUUGAUUAUCAUGUCGCUAAAAUAAACUAGACUCCAGUCCACAUAAUAUGUAAAAUCUUACAAGGUUGGACUCAAACUUCAGAUGGUAAAUGCCGGUACACAUUAUCAUUAGUGGCUAUUGUAUGUGGGUGGAACCUUAAAUAAUAAUUAUGUGGAAAGCAUUUGUCUCUGUCACAUUAUUUGCUGUUUUUGCAUCAACAAUGACAUAUUUGGAUAUUUUCAACAAUGUGAAAACAGAUUUAGGUUUGAAACAUUAUGCCGAAAAACAACAUUUCAAAACAAUUUUUCCGCUUUGGAUGAAAAUGCCUUUGAAUACUUUUAUAAAUUUAGGAUAUAUUGUGGUUGGUGCUUAUUGGUGUGCAAUUACAACUCUUAGCUUAGAGAACAAUUUAAUUUCAGAAGUGGAAUCAUACCUUUUUUAUGUUUUUAAUAUAUCAUCUGCCUUUUAUGGAGCCAUCCAAACAUUGCGUAUCAUAACUCAGAAACAUGUCUUUGCUGUGUUAGACCAGUGGUGUACAUUGCCAUUUUUUAUGUUGGUGUUUAUUUGGGGAUUACAUUUGAAACAUGGCUGGAGUUCAUAUCGAGCGGCAAUGCUUAUCACUAUUUCCAUGGCAAGUUACACUCUUACUCUUGUUACUCCAAUUGGAUUUGAAAUAGCUCUAGGUUGCCAUAUAUUGUUAGCUGUUUAUGGAGGAACAACAUCAUAUUUACAAAACCCAAAUAACAAAUCCAAAAUCAACUUUUUUCUGGCCAUUUUAUGCCUGAUUGGAUUUGUCAUUUUAAAAUUAAUGGACUUGGAAUUACCUAAAUAUCAUGACUGCUUUACCAUCAUUUCAGGACAUUUCAUGUCAAAGAUAUGUGACAUAUUUCAAAUCCAUUAUGUUAAUGAAUAUUUUCAGUCACUUUUGAUUUUUCGUUGGCAAAAAUCUAAUUUUAUGCAACCUAAUGAAGUGAAUAAAAAUGAAAAAAUGAAGUCACCAAAGACUAAAAUAACUGAGAAACAAAAGGCUGAAUAAAACAAGCAUGUAUUCAUGUAUUUAAAAAAAAAAAAAACUUUCGCAUGUAUCUUUUACUGUUUUAAACUUUUGCAGGGCUGGUAAUUGUGUUAAGUUUAAACUCAAGCUACUGCAUGUGACUGAAUUUUGAUUUGUUUUGUCUUUAAAUAUAAUUUGUACAUUGUAUAUAUACAAAUGUCGUUUUCUAAUUAAAAAAAAAAUUAUA